CUUCUUCUUCUUCUCUGUCAUCUCUGCCAGACAUUAACCCACAGUUUGUGAAUUUGGAGUUUGAUGGCUCCGCCCCUGCUGGUUACCAGGGAGGAAGGGCUGAGCAACGCUUCAACUGUAGCGUCUGCAUCUUCGCCACAAUCCUUGGACUGCUUCUCCCAAAAUGGAGGGGUUUCCUUGAAAGAACGCAACUACUUGGGUUUGUCUGAUUGCUCAUCGGUAGACAGUUCAGCUGCGCCAGGCAUGUCUGAUGAGAAAAAGGACAAUCUGAAUUUGAAGGCCACCGAGUUGAGGCUCGGCCUUCCUGGAUCCCAAUCUCCUGAAAGGGGUCCAGACAUCUUCUCAUUGAGCUCAACAAAGCUUGAUGAGAAACCACUGUUCCCAUUGCUCCCGCUCCCUACGAAAGAUGGAAUCUGCUCAUCAACUCAAAAGACUGUAGUUUCGGGAAACAAAAGGGGUUUUGCUGAUGCAAUGGAUGGAUUCUCUGAGGGAAAGUUUACUGGUACUGCAGCGAUAAAUGUGAUGCUAUCACCCAGACCUGCUGGACUGCAGCCAACUGCAAAGAAGGAAAUACCAAGCAAGGUAUUACAAGGACAGACCGGCGCAGUCAGUGGAACAGGAGGUGCUGUCAGUGGCAGUUCACCGGCUUCUAAGGCACAGGUUGUUGGUUGGCCUCCUAUUAGAUCAUUUAGGAAAAACUCGUUGGCUACCACUUCAAAGAACAAUGAUGAAGUAGAUGGAAAACCAAGCCCGGCGGUGCUCUUCGUGAAGGUGAGCAUGGAUGGUGCUCCAUAUCUGAGGAAGGUUGAUCUGAGGAAUUAUACGACAUACCAGGAACUGUCUUCUGCCCUUGAGAAGAUGUUCAGCUGUUUUAUCUUAGGUCAGUGUGGUUCACAUGGGGCUCCAGGAAGAGAAAUGAUGAGUGAGAGCAAGCUGAAGGAUCUCCUGCAUGGUUCAGAAUAUGUACUUACUUAUGAAGACAAAGAUGGCGACUGGAUGCUCGUAGGAGAUGUGCCUUGGGAGAUGUUCAUUGACACAUGCAAGAGGCUGAAAAUCAUGAAGGGUUCUGAUGCCAUUGGCUUAGCUCCCAGGGCUGUGGAAAAAUCCAGGAGCAGGAGCUAGGUGGUAUUUGGACUACUUUGACUGCAUUUCAUAUAUAAUUAAAUGCUGGAUUUGAGAUUUGUGUGGUAUAAAUGACUGAAUGCCCUGGUUUUGAUGGUUAAACUUGCUUCAGCUGUCAUCUACAUCUAUGUUUGUUUAUUAAUUCCAUGAACCAUGUGUUCUUCUUCAUUACUUAUUAUUAGUGUUAUAUAUUGUCAUUAACUAAUACCUUAUGAAGCUUACCUUGAAGGUUAGUAUUUAUGAAGUCUGUAAUUGUGUUAUAGGAGCCUGUUUGUUUGGAUGAUUUGAAUGUGUGUUACAGCCACCAUAUUGUUCUUAAAUAUAUUAAGUGAUUUGUUAUUAUUCCA